UUGUAAUAAAAUUUUCAUGACUAUUCGGUGCUGAUAAGAAAACAACAAUUUGUGCAGUUUUGUUAUCUGCGUUUUCAACGUUGCAAAGCCACACCAGUCGACAUCAUUAUUUGUUUCGUUCUCAGACAAGGCAUGUAGCUGUUAAAGAUUAUUAUUCAUUUAAAAUUUUCAAUUAUUUCAAAUCUUGAAAUUAUAAAUGUGAUAUCAUCGGAUUUGGUACCUAUAUGACGCCACACCAUGGAUUGGGCAAAUUGGAUUAUGGGCAAUCCACAAUCAAAACCCGAAGACCGCCUUCGCACCAUUUCUAAAGAAGUAAACGCCUUAAGAACCACCAUAAAAACAUCAGCGCAAAACAUCUCACAAGCCCGCAAAGAAUUCUUAACAGGCACCCUGGCUCAUUACAGUAACGAAGUCAAAUCUCUGAAUGGCAAAGCCAAUAGACAAGCAAUAGAAAACACAUUGAAAAAUCUAUCAGAUGCAAUGGCGGAAGUUUUGAAAAUCGAACCUGCAGAUUUGGAUGGGGCAGCUGUUGAAAGUAAUUCGUUUGUUCACGUGCCAGGCAGUCAUCGAAGAACUAGUUCGCUAGGCUCAUUGAGAAGCAGCAAUAAGAGAGCUACAAUGGAUUUGGCUUCAGUUAAUAGAAGCAGUGUGCCAAAUUUAAGGAAUAUUGAAGCUAAAGUUGAAGAACUAAAAACUCAAAUAGCUACAGCAAUUAAAAAUCAAGACUCUAAACAACUAAGGGUUUAUUUGACUACCAUCAGAUUACUUGUAGAAGAUAUGGAAAAGAUUCAUACAGAAAAAGGUACUCCUUUGGAAAAACGCAAGCAAGACAUUGACAAGAAAAUUAUGGAUUAUUAUCGCAAAGUCUCUGAAGCUUUAAGCACCUUGAAAAAAGACAACAGCUCUUCAAAGCAAUACAGAAAAGACAAAGCAAUGACUGAACUAACAGACAUAGAAGUUCAUUUGGCUGAGAACGAAUCCUUGCUGGAUAAACUAAUCAAAGAGAAAAAUUCUACUGAAUUUGCAGCAAUCAGAAACAAUAUUGUUGAAGACAAUCAAAAACUAUCUAAAAUUGAUAUGGUUGAUAAUGAAGUCAAGGGCAGAGUGGUGUUGUUGAACCAAAAAAUUACAGAAACUGUUAAUAAUUUGGAUCGUAUAAUGGCUAAAAGGGAGUUUGAUUCAAAAUUUUCAAAUUCUUUGCACAAUUAUGAGAGAAUUGUAAGAAAUUUUGAUCCAAAUAAAAAUGCUGAAGAAAUAGUUAUUAAUUUGGUUAGUUUGAGAAAUUCAAUACAAAAUCUAGAAGAAAUUAAUGAAACAACUAAAUCACGCAAAAAAGAUUUAUUAAACAAGAUCAACUAUAAACUAGAGAGUUUUGGUAAGAAAUUGGAAACAGACGAGCAAAUAAUUGAGGAAAUUGUUGAAGAAAAUGUAGUUUUAAGAAAACAUUUGGACACAGAACACACAGUAAUCGAUCAAUUUGUAAACCAUUGGAGUAACAUACAAACUAAUUUCAACGUAAACGCUUAUUCAAAAUUAACAUUAUUACGCAUCAACAGUCUCCUGCAAGAAAUGCAACAAUCGAUUAACGAAAUAAGAGCACAAAUUGCUGAUAAAUGCGACAUUAAUCUGCCUUUCAGUAAUUUGAAUAGGAAACUUUCACAAUCAGUGCCGAAAUUGAACAACAGAAAAAGCUAUCAGAGCUUGGACCAGCUUGACGCAAGCAAAAUAAUUAAAACCAAAGCUAAAAUUUACAACUUAUCUACGCCAAAUAUACAAAGUAUUCAACAAACGAAUAUGAAUAAUAGAUUUUCAAAAAUUGAAGAAGUGAAAAUGCAAGUUAAUUAUAUUAAGGAAAAAAUCGAUGAGAGCCACAAUAAGAACUUGCUACGAGAUAAAUUGGAACAAUAUCGCAAAAACUUGGAUCCAUAUUUAAACGACAAUAAUCAAACUGUAAGAAAUAACGCAGUAUUGGUUGCAAAUGAAAUUGUUGAGCUUUUGCAUAAACUUAUAUUGGCAGAAUUCAAAGAGAAAAUCAAUUUGUUUUCCAGAAGGGUGCAAACCUUUAACGGUACAAGAUACGACAAAGAGUUUGACGAAAUAAAAGAAGAUUUAACAAAAGCUCAAAUAAAUCUAGAGAAUUUCAAUAUUCCAACACAGUUUGAGUCGUUGCAACAAGAAAAACUUGAGUUACUUGAUGAAGUGUGCAAUAGCAUUCAGGUUUUGCAAAAGAAUGGAACUUAUUACAGAAAACAUGAAAACGAAAAUGUAAAGCAAUACAAAUUAAAAUUAAACAUGUUAAGUGAUAAAGUCAAAAGAUUUUCUGGUACUUAUAAAGGAGUUGUCUAUAAUAACAUUGAAAGAGAUUUGAAUAAGCUUUUAUUGGAUGUUGGAGAACAAGUAGAAGACAAAAUGUCCUCAGAUGAAAUUGUUAAAGAAACUGAAAGGCUUUUAAAGAUCUUAGAAAGCCGCUCCUCCUUGGCACAAAGUUUCCAUGCAAAACCCGAUGAAACUAAAACAGAAGAACAAGCAGGAAUGGCUAAAAUCAAACGAGAUUUAAACGAGAUUAAACGAGAAAUUGAUAAAACUGCUGAAAAUAACGUAGAUGCAUUUAUUGGUUUGCAAAGCAGAUUAGACUUAGUGUCUCUAGAGCUUGGACAAAUACCUGCUAGGUCAAACGAAAAUUUAGCCAAAGAAAUGGAAAUAUUCUCCAACGAAACCCAAACUUUAAAAAAUGUAGUUGACGCUAAAGUAGCUUUAGGACAACAGCCUAUGGUGCAAUGGCCUGAAAGAGACUUACACGCAGAAGUACAAACCUAUCCCAAAAACGACGUAAACAAGGAAAUUGAGCAAUUUGAAAAAGCCUUCUCAGCAAUUAAAACCGAAAUUACAGCUCCCAAUAACGAGCAAGACGUUCACAAAUACUACAAACUAGCACAAGACAUUAAAAACCUUAUGAGCAAACUACACAAAUAUCGUUUCAUGCGCGGCACUGACCUACACACCCGUCAAUCUACCUUACUAAACGAAAUGCAAUAUUACGUAGAAGCUUUGGAAAAAGGAGCCAUAGAUGUUGAUUACGUUUUAAGCAUCGAACGAAAACUUGACUCGUUGGAAAAUCUUUUCGACAAUAACCAACAACGAGACUUGAAAACAAUGGCAAAGGAAUUACAAGCAGUCCAAAAUAAAUUGAAAGAGCAUCAUUUUAAUAUCAGCGACGAAACAUUGAAAAAUAGAAAAACUAGCGUCCAACACAAGACUGAUGGACUAGUAGAAAAACUGAAACAAAUGGAAACAGUUGAGGUUGAAGAAAUCAAAAAAAUCAACGACAUUGAAGCUAAAGUAAGCGAACUUGCUCCACAAAUGAGCUCAUUUAUCGGCUUGAAAACCGAAAACAAAUAUUACGAACUCAAUGAAACUAGUACAAGACUAAUGUUGCAGCUUGACAAAUUUGAAACCGAACACGAAAGCAUACAGAAACGUAUAAUCAAAUUAUUGAAAGACUUGCAUAUACUUGGACAAAUGUUGGACGAACGUGCUGAACAAACACGUGAAAUUGUUGAGUUGGAACAAGAACUUGAAACAAUAGAACAUUUAUUAUUAUCUGGCAACUAUAACAAUAUUGAUGUCAUCAAAACUAGAAUGCUUAAUUUGAAGAAAGCAUUGCAAAGCUUAAAAAUCAUCAAUGACCUGGUUCCAAGAAAAAAUGCUUGCAUUGAAAAAUACAUUGCUUUAUUUAACAAAAUUAUGAGUUUACACACUGCAGAAACAAAAGUUGAAGAUACUAGUUUGGAUGUUAUUGAAAAUGAAAUUUCCAAAAUCGAAGGCCAACUAGAUGAAACAAGCCAAAUGAAGCAAUUGCAAGACUUUGACGAUGCUUUAGAUACGUUUACUCUAAAAAUUGGAAGCCUCAAUAUCCCAAAGUCUUCACCUCAAUAUCCUAAAGUAUUGCAGCUGUAUAGAAGAAUUCAAAAUUUGGUUGAUGCUAUUGAGGCAAAAAUGCAAAGUGUUGAAUUGGUGAUGAGAAUCAGUCGAGAAGUUGACGAGUUAUGGACCAAAAUGGAAGCACCGCUUACUCUUGAUGAAAUCAAUCAAUUAGAUGAACGUUUGAUUCAAUUGCAAGAUACCUUAGGGAAAAUGAAUCCGGCUGGUAUUAAAGCUCAAAUCGAUGGGUGCAUGAUGAGGCUCAUAUUGUGUCUUCAGAAAGUUUCAGAUUAUAAAGCGACAGUUCAAAAUAUGUUCGUUCAAAAUACAUCAGUUUAGAUUAGGAAUAUUUUGUACUCGCAAAAAUUGUAUUUUAUUGUUGUUUUUUAAAUAAAUUUUAAUUAAAAUAUGUUUGUCUAUGACUGAGUGUUGAGAUUGACUGACCAUACGCAGCC